AUGCUUAAGAAAGACAAUAACAUAUUCUCAUCUUUUCUUUAUUUGGCACUUAAAAUCGGUGCAAAUGAUAUAGAAAUUGGUUCUAGCGAUGAAUUUGUGCCUACUUCUCUAACAGUUAAAGCAAAUCGACCUGGAUCACACGAUACCGGUGAUCCAAAUACGACAAAUUUAUAUGUUGGCAAUAUAAGUUCUGAGGUUAAUGAAGAAAUGUUAUGCAAAGAGUUUGCAAAAUAUGGUCCUAUAGCAAGUGUAAAGAUAAUGUGGCCACGUACUCAAGAGGAAAAAGAUAGGAAUCGUAAUUGUGGGUUUGUCAGUUUUAUGGAUCGUGAAUGUGCAACUAUAGCCUUAAAAAAUAUGGACGGAAGAGAAUUGCUUGGCUAUGUUAUGAGAGUGGGAUGGGGUAAAUCAGUACCAAUUCCACCACAACCUAUUUAUG